ACAUUUCAACGGGAGGAGGUUGUCAAAAAGUUUAUUUUCGCUGAUGACCUUGACUUUGUGGGAUAAACAAACUUGACAGAGGGAAAGCUUAGGGCGAUAGUCUUUAUUCAUGAAAAGGCAGUCUAGAAGGGAUUAUUGGCUGGGUGAAACUGGACCCUGAAGCUGAAAUCUGGACCCAAAUGAGAAGCUAAGAGCUAAAAAUGGCUGAAGUGUUGGGAGGCUCUUCAUCAUGGGCUCUCCCUGCAGAGAUACUGGAGAUGGUGCUGGCACAGCUGCCCCUGCCAGCUCUGCUUACAGUACACUCUACAGUGUGCCAUUACUGGUCAGGGAUUAUUAUGAAUCCAGCGUUCAUCCCCUGGAAAAAGAUAUACCAUCGGCUGAAACUUGCCCCUGAGAGCCUCUCGUCGGCUUUUCUGCUCUCCCCAUCAAGGGCAGAAAAACUGGUUCAGACGAAAGAUAUUGUUAAAGAGCUCUGUGUUCAGCACCACAUUACAUCAUUAGAAGACUGUCUCAUUAGCAUCAUUAGGUUAAUGGGAAAUUCGCACGGAAUUCCAUUUGAGUCGAAAGCAACAAUCGAUGUCCUCAAGAGCCAUCCGCUCUAUGAACUGGCUGUUGCCGCUUUGGACUUUCAUGGGCAAGAUCUUAUCCCAGAGUGUCGCAAUGUAUGGCAUAUUGUCUCCAUGAUUGUCAUUCUUGCAAAGGAUAUGUGGCAAGUUGAUGCACUCCUGCAGCUUUUGCUUUCUCGUGGCUCGAUCUUCACUCCCAGAGAUAUUACUGAAGCCUUUUAUUGCAUGUCCACGUUAUUCCUUCACUGCACUAGGGAAUAUGAGCUCCCCACAAGGUAUCAUUACAUAGUCAACUAUGCCUUGUAUCUGUAUGAGAAUCGGUGGACUCUUACUCCUGCUGACGACCCUGGGAGGCUAAAGCAGAGUCAUUAUGGCCAGCAAUCCAUGCAAAAGUUCAUGAGUUACAAGCCAAAAGUACAACAUACUCAUGAACAGAUGAGAAUUAUAAACCAUGAUGUUAAACCAGAUCAUAUUGUGAAAAUCGUAGCCUUUGCUGGGACUGGCAAAACCACCACCUUACUUCAGAUGUGCCAACAACGUCCACACCAGAAGUUCUUGCUUGUGGUCUACAAUAAAUCAGUAGAGGAACACUGCUCCAAGUGUUUUCCUAAUAAUGUAAAAGUCAAGACAGCUCAUGCCAUGGCUUUCGCAAAUGUUGGCAGAAGGUUUGCAAGUAUCCGCAGACUAGAUGGGAACCUGAGCAGUAGCAAAAUCUCCGAGUUUCUGGAACAUAAGGAAGGUGCUGGCAAUAGGUUCAGACGUGCUGCCCUUGUUAAAAACACCAUUGAAAUCUUUCUGAAUUCUCAUGAUGACAUUCUCACUCUACAACAUGUUCCCGUGAAGGACAAAGACCAGAAUGAUAUCGAAGAUGACUAUAGACUGAAGAUACUUUUGUCUGAUGCAGAAGCGGUAUGGAAAGAAAUGAAGCAGUGUUCCCCUACACAGAAGAUAGCCAUGUCACAAGAUGGUCAGCUGAAGUGUUGGCAGUUGAGUAAACCAAGAAUUCAAGGGUAUGAUGUUAUCAUGAUUGAUGAGGGCCAGGAUAUGAACACCGCCAUGUUUGAUAUUUUUCUCAGACAGAAGUGUGCCAAAGUAAUUGUGGGCGAUCCUCAUCAGCAGAUUUACUCCUUCAGAGGGGCAGUUAAUGCCCUUCAGAUGGUUCCAGCCACACACACAUAUUACCUCACACAGUCCUUUAGAUUUGGUCCUGAAAUAUCAUAUGUAGCAAAUUGUUCUUUAGAGGUUCUCAAAAAUGUGCAAAAGCAGACACUUGUUGGUGGCAGAAAGCAAGACUUUGUGUAUGUCAGUAGCAAAAGUAAGCCAGUUACUUCGUCUGGUAAAAAACUUAGUACAGCCUAUUUAGCAAGGAUGAAUCUUACCAUAUACAAACUUUCCAUUUCUAUGUGCCUUGAUGACAAGUAUUCUCAUAUGUCUAUGAGUUUUGCUGGAGGAUUAGCCAAGUAUGGGUUUGAUAUGGUCUUAGAUAUCUACAAACUUUGGCAAAUUCAACAAGGAUUUGGAACAGCAGAAUCAUUGGGCAUCAAAAACAAGCUUAUUGCAAAAUUCCACUCUGUUUUUAGUCUUAGAAAAUUUGCUGAUAACAUCGAUGACCAUGAUUUGUCCAACAAGAUCAGAAUGUUUGAUUACAGCGGAACCAAAACCCCUCAUCACCUUCAGCUGUUGAACAGAAGAUGUAAUGGAGAACCAGCGAGGUCUGAUAUUGUUUUUAGCACAAUUCACAAAUCUAAAGGACUGGAGUUCGACUGGGUCAUUAUGUUAGAUGAUCUCGUUCCUGUGAACUUGCCAUAUCUGAAUAUGAGGUAUGAAGGAGAUGAACACAACUUAAUGUAUGUAGCAGUCACACGAGCAAAAUUGUGGUUAACUAUUAACUCUGCAGUUUUGUACACCUUAACUGCAGCUAGAGAAAAAUUUGAAAUAAUAACUGGAAGGCAGGAGGUUCAUCCAAAACACAAAUGCACCCAGUGUGGGGAGAAGGACAUUGCCAACUCAAAAGCCCCUCUAGUAACAAAGGUUAUAACCGUCCCAAUAGGUAACCAGGGAGAAAAAUUUAGAGGUGGCUAUCUCUGUGAAAAUUGCACCACCUUCAAUAAGUAUGUACCACCGAUGACAAUUGGGCAUGAAUAUGGCAUUAUCAAGCUAUUAAAGGACAGCUCAAGAUUAUGUAGAAGAACUCUGCUGACAGGGAAAAGGGAAUUCAACGACAUGCCAGAAAACAGACACAUGCAUUUGGGAUGGCAACAGUAUCACCGACAUACUGAGGCAGAUUCAAACACUGACGAAGAAUUCCCAGAUGAGAUUGACUUCGAGGACCCAGCUCUCCUUGUUUUAGAGGAGGAAGCAGUACAGAUAGAGCAAGAGGACAACAAUGAGAUGGUUCCAAGAAGAGGUAUAGAGCCUGAAGUUAUCCAGAUUGAUGGUAUAGAGCCUGAGGUUAUUCAGAUUAAUGGCAUAGAGCCUGAAGUUAUUCAGAUUGAUUAAUCUUGCUUAUGUGAAAGAAAAAUUUGUUCUGUGAUUUAUUGAAAGGAACCAGUGAAUAGUGGUGAUAGCAGAUGUAUUUUUAUAUGGAUUUUGUAUUUUUAGCAAUUGUGUUAUAUGCAAUAUUGAUUCCACAUAGAGAUUUUCACUAGUUUUUUUUACAUGUUAGAGUCUUGUCUACCAGAUGAAGGUCCAGUAGAAAAUUACAGAAGAUAUUUGCAAGGAUCCAGUUACAGGUGGAAAAGCAGUAUUUUAAAACAUAUUUAAAAAUAGUGAAAGAUUUUUAAACAUUUUCUGAAAAAAUAUCUAGAUGUACUGUUCUAGAUAUAUCAAAUAGAAAACACUCUUCACUAGCAAACUGGUCUACUGCUCUUUAUGCCUGGUAACUGUGGCAGGUAUGGAACUGUACCAGCUGUCAGUCUGACACUAGAACCUUUAAAUAUGCAGCUCAUUCCCAGAAAAACGAGAGUUAGAGAUUUUUAAAAAGUGCCAUGAUACUUUCCCAAAUUAUCUUUAAUUGAAAAGAUGGCAACUUCAUUAUCAAUAUACAGUAAUUGCAGCCUCCACCACCUUAACCCAGUCACCACAUACCUAUGUAAUAUCCCCUGUAGUUCUUGUGAAUUUUGUUUCAUACAGAUGACUCCACAUGUCCUAAGCCAGCAAGGAGUCUAGCAGUAAGGCCUAGUGACCGAUCCAGAUUUACCCAUUCCUUGAAUUGGUGGGAAAAUGUGUUUUAUUUCUAAUACUAUUGAUACCGAUAGUGUUAUUAUUUUUUUAAUAAUGUUAUGAUUAUUAAAUUGUUAUUAAAAUCUU